UAACAUAAGUGGAAAGAGAUCUGUAUUGAGAAACAUCUAAUAAAUUGCAGUCCAAUAAGUAGUCCACCGAUUCUUAUAGUCAUAUCGUUUGAUGGCUUUCGAUACGAUUAUGUAUCGCCAGAGUCGACGCCAACCCUCUAUAAACUUCGUACAAACGGAGUGAGCGGUCACAUGAUAUCAAACUAUAUCACCAAAACAUAUCCCAAUCACCAGUCGAUAGCCACCGGUUUUUAUGAGGAGAACCACGGGAUAGUAUCCAACCAUUUCUAUGAUCCCCGAUAUAACCAGACCUUUGACAUCGAUAAAUCACCCGACUAUUGGUGGACUGAAUGGCCCGUCACACCUGUCUGGACAGUAAACCAAUUGUACGGACAGUCCAGUGGUGUAAUGCAAUGGCCGGGCGCUCACGUCAGAUACCGGGACCAAUCGCCCCGUUACCUCCAAAACUAUAACCACUCCAUACCAUGGAAUACAAGAAUUGAUACAAUGAUCGGGUGGUUAACAGACGGCAGAGCACCGGCCAGUUGUGUAUUUGCCUACUUUGAUGAGCCCGACGCUACAUCCCAUGAAUUCGGACCAUUCAGUACUCAGACUUAUAGUCAAGUGCUUAGGGCUGAUGCUGUCAUCAGAUAUCUGUUGCAGAGAUUGGAUGAAAAGAGUUUAUUAAACCAAACGAAUCUUAUUAUUCUAGCUAAUCGUGUGAUUAACUUGAAUGACAUACUGGACCCCAGUUGGUACGACUGGUACGGAGGUUCUCCCAACUGGUCUAUACUACCAAAACCCGGUCAUUACGAUAAGAUCUAUGAAAUACUAUGGAAAGCCUCACAGACUAUGCCUUUUACCAUCUAUAAGAGACAAGAGAUACCUGAGCACUACCACUACAGUAGGAAUCGCAGAAUAUUACCUCUAUUUCUUGUAGCCGAUGAGGGAUGGGAUGUGUUUCAGAAUGUGAGUCAAGUGCAUAAACCUAAGGGUUGGCCCGUUUGGGGUAAUCACGGGUGGGAUAACCGGUUGCUAUCAAUGAGACCACUAUUCAUGGCCAAUGGACCCGCGUUUAAGAGC